AUGGAUGUAAGUACCUCAUCAAAUUCUCAGAUAUCUGCACUGCAUUCUGACGCUCUCUGUGGCAGCUGCCCGUCCUAUGGUUCUGCCCCACAGACUAACAGCCCCUGGCCACCCCUGCCUCCGUCUGGAACUGGUUUCCCUGGGUGGCCAGGAGAGCCCGCCCAGGCCGCACCGUGCUGGACUGGCCAGCCAACCUCACCCUGCUGGACUGGGACACAACCAGCUCAGGUCUCCGUCCCUGCUCCUUUUUUGGUUCCCGCCCCGGUGCAAGCUGUAUCACCAGCUCCAGUACCAACCACCAUGCUGCCAGCUCCAGCUCAAGCCUCAGGGCAGCCCUGCAACCCUUGUUGGCCAGGCACCGGGUGUCAGCCUUUUCAGCCGCCAGCUCCAAUUCAAGCCCAGUUUCCUGCUCCUGCCCCGGCUCCGGCCCCGGCCACAACUCUAAUCCCAGUUACAGCACCUGCUCCCGCCCCUGCUCCUGCUCCGAGCCCCCAUCAACGUUUACCUGGGUGGCUUGCCCACCCCGGCUGGCCUUAUAACCCAGGACAGUCAGGGUGGCCUGGACAGAAUCCAUAUAUGACGCCUAUCAGCUGGCUUCCACCUACAUCUGGAUCACUAAGUGUUCCAUACAACUUCAACCUGGCCCGCGGGGUGUAUGACAAGAUGAUGCUGACCAUCCAGGGCCACGUGAAACCUAAUGCUAAAAUGUUCACAGUGAACCUUCUGAGGGGCAAUGACAUCGCCUUUCACAUCAACCCUCGCUUCAAUGAAGGGGGCAAGCCGGUGCUUGUCCGUAACCACAAACUUGGCGACCGCUGGGGCGCUGAAGAGAGGGACCUGAAGGGGCCCUUCCCUUUUGCCCCCGGGAGCUCGUUUGAGAUGAAGAUCCUGUGCACUCAGGAGGCGUUCAGGGUGGCGGUGAACAACAUGCCGUUGUUUGAGUUUCGACACCGCAUUAGGGAGCUGAACCGGGUCGACAGAAUCAACAUCCUGCAUGACGUCGUCCUCACCUUCGUCAACGUCGAGACACUUCCAUAG